GUCUUUCGAGGCCCGAGCAGCAAGCUUCACUUGCGGGACGCCGUCAACGCUGUCAUUCGGCAGCGGCGGUUCAACGAGGCCAUAACGUGUCUGCGCCCGCAGCAGCGCUUCUCCCAGCUGCUGGAAGAAAUGAAGGUCCUCGGCUGCGGUCCCGGCCAGGGGGGAGCGGGGGGAGUGGGGCAAGGGAGAGUGGGCGAGGGGGAAGUGAGGCAAGGGGGAGUGGGCGAGGGGGGAUUCAGUUCAAAGGGCAGCAGUAAGGCAGAGGGCAGAGAGGGAGUGGGUAAUGGUCCUGCGAGUGGCAGUCCCACCACCCACUCUCCCCCUCACCCCCUCUUCCACUUCCCCACUUCCUCCCCCUCUCGCUCUCCAUCCCACUCUCCCUCCCGCUCUCCUUCGCACCCUCACUCCCCGUCGCAUGCUCGCUCGCCUUCUCACGCACGUCCCUCGAGUGUGGAGGUCCCGAGGGAGGGGGAGGUGAUGGUGCCGGCAGCAGCGGCGGUGCGCUCGCCCGUGCUGCUGCUGAUUGGGGGGGGCAUGGGUGCUGGCAAGUCAACAGUUGUGAAAGAAAUCAUGAAACGCACCUUUUGGGCGCGCAUGGCGCCACACGCAGUGGUGGUGGAAGCCGACGCGUUUAAAGAAAAGGACGCAAUCUUCCGAGCUCUCUCAGCGGACCGUCUAAGCGACGCCGCUCGGAUCUCACAGCUGGUGCACGAGGAGUCAACCCGUGCGGCGCAGUCAACGCUGGUAACCGCGCUGAACGAGGGGCGCGACGUGAUAUUCGACGGGACCAUGUCGUGGGCCCCGUUUGUGCAGCAGACGAUCGCGAUGGCUAGACGCGUGCAUGAGAAGAGGUUUAGGAUGGGUCCAGGGUAUCAGGUGAAAGAGGAUGGGAGUGUGGUGGAGCGGUAUUGGGAGGAGGUGGAGGAGGAGGGGAGUGAGGGAGGGGUGGAGAAGGGGAGGGAGGGAGAUGGUGGAGAGGAGGUGGGGAGCGAGAGAGGGGAGGAGGUCGAUGGGAGGAGGGAUAAGCCAGCGAAAGAGAAAGAGGAGCAGGAUUGGGCGUCGAGUGAACGGGAGGAGCAGUACCGACCCAAGAGGCACAGCAGCCCAAGAAGGGCGUUGGGAUCGGGUGGGGCAGUGAAGACAGGGAGAGGCUCGGGCGGGCGCUCAGGCUGCUCUUCUGGUCCUAAGGGGCAGGCGAAUGGGGUUGUGGAGGGGAUGGAAGGGAGGCGGCAGGGAGGGGGGAUGUGGUGGGAGAGGAGGGGGGAGAGGAGGGGCGGGGAGCCGCGGCUGCCGUACCGCAUUGAGCUGGUGGGCGUGAUGUGCGAUGCGCACCUGGCGGUGGUGCGCGGCAUGCGGCGAGCCAUCCUAACAAAGAGGGGAGUGCCGGUGCACGAGCAGCUGCGGUCGCACAAGCUGUUUGCCAGCAGUGUGCAGGCGUACUGUGACCUCGUGGACGUGGCCACACUUUAUUCGACUAACCACAUGGGGGGGCCGCCUCAGCUGAUUGGCUACAAGGAAGGCACAUCACCCCCCAGGAGCGCACCAACCACCCCACCCUCCACUCCAACCGGCAGAAGCACACCUCCUAUACGAACACCCAUUACAGUCACACCGCCUACAAGCACGCCCCCCAGCACGGGCGCCAUCUGCAGUGGGGGGCAUUGUUCGACUAAUAUCGAGGAUCAGCCCCUCACCACCUUUCUCAAUCACCAGCCAAAUUCCAUGAGGGACUUUGCCAGAUCCUAUCGUAGUACCAGCAUGAUUCGACACGACUACCGCGGAUUCGGCAUCCCGCCCGGGCCGCCGCAACUCCCGGAAAUGUUCCACGGGCCCACGUGCAGUCACGGCAAGGUUAGAGAGGGCGAGAAGGUGGUUUCCGGCAGCGAGCGCGCAGGCGUCAUGUGCGGCCCGAUGGUUCCCGUGGAUUCCGGACUAGAUCCGAUCAAGCACACGCAGUACCCGUACGUGACGGGCGCGUCGGUGCUGGCGAUGAAGUACAAGGACGGCAUUAUCAUGGCGGCUGACACCAUGGGAGCAUACGGGCGUACAAUGCGGUACAAGUCGGUGGAGCGCAUGCAGCAGGUGGCGCCUCACACGGUGAUGGGCGCUGGAGGGGAGAUCAGCGAUUUCCACUUCAUCCUCUCACUCUACGAGGAACUCCUCACAAACGACUAUGCAUUUGACGACGGGCACGUGCUGUCCACGCGAGAGGUGUUCAACUACAUGACGCGAGUCAUGUACAACCGCCGCAACCGCUUUGACCCGCUCUGGAACUCCAUUGUCAUCGGGGGGCUGGACAAGGGCGAACCGUUCCUCGGCUCGGUGACGAUGAUCGGAGUGCACUACACGGACGACCACGUAGCAACGGGGUUUGGCAGCCACCUGGUGCGCCCGCUGUUCCGCAACGAGCACCGCAACGACAUGAGUGAGGAGGAGGCAGUCAAGCUGCUGGAGAAGGGGCUGAGGGUGCUGUACGCCCGCGACAGCAGCGCGCUUAACAAAUUCCAGAUUUCGAAAGUAACAGCAGAGGGGGUGACAAUAUCGAAGCCAUUUGCACUGAACAUUGAGUGGAACUACGCACAUUUUCAGAACGCGGUGCCUGAUAAAUACAGUGGUUCUUGGUAG